UUCGACGCGAACGUGCCAACGCGGCAUAAUUCGUUUGCUCUUCUGACCUGACGAUGUCACCAUGCUCGGCGUUGGUAUGUGCGCUUGUGGCGGCCGUGAGCUGCACGGUGCAAGCCCUCGACCCGAUCGUGGUCCGCGGCAACUACAUGUACAACUCGGUCACUGGGGACCGCUUCGUCAUGCGUGGGAUCACAUAUGAAUACGACGUCAGCAACGACAACUACGAGAAGAACAGCAAGGAAGCGAUCGACCGCGCUGUCCAGGACUUCAAUGGCACGCUCAACACGCUGCGCAUCUACCAGAUCAACCCCGAGAAGAACUACUCCAUCUUUAUGGAUCACAUGGAAAAGGAGAGCAUCUACGUCAUGCUGGCAGCGUCUCCGGGUACACAAGACUACUUUGGAAGCUACCAAUGGUCCCCAAUUGCCAAGGCAUCGCCCCCCAACGGCAACACCACUUGCUACCCAUCGUACCUGCUCCACUACGGCAAGAGCAUUGCCAAAAUGUUUGCUCCGUACAACCACACACUUGGAUUGAUCAUGGCCAACGAAGUCAUGCAGGCGUCGUUGAUCGCCGCGCCGUGCGUCAAGCAGUACGUGGCGGAUUUGAAGAACUGGAUGCGGUCCAAGCACGACCGGAUGCGGCUCCUGCCGCUCGCGUACGCCGCCGCCGACGGUGCGUACGUAGGGGACAAAGGUCAAACGGAAAAGCCCAAGACCCUCGUGGACGCGAACGAGUAUGCCACUGUCAAGAUCCAAGGGCUUCUCUGCGGGGACACCAUGGUGAACGGCCAAAUGAUGUCCAGCAUUGACAUUUACCUCGUCAACGAGUACCGGUGGUGCCCUGGCUCCAAGUACGCCGACACGUACGCGCACUUGCAAGCGAUGGCGUCGGGAGUUCCGAUCGUGAUGGGCCUGGGCGAAUUCGGAUGUGACAAGAACCCGCCACGUGACUUUGCCAUGAUCCCGUAUCUCUUUGGCGACUCCAAGACGUCACAGGGAUUUUCAGACGUGUACUCGGGCGGGUUUGUCUACUCCUUCGGCGAAGCCAACCUCGGCAAAGACACGUUUUUCCCCCUCUUCACCGGUGGCGACCACUCGAUCACGGGCAAGCCGGGGAUGAUUGCCACCCCCGCGUACCAAAACCUUGUCAAGCAAUUCAAAGCAUACCCUCCGUUCAAGGAGUACGCCCAUGCGACGUGGAAUGCGGACAACAUGACCGAACGAUGCACGUGGGUCCCGCCGUUGACUGCCAAAACGUCUCCCAGUAACAAGCGCGCGACGACCCAAGGCUGGGUCGUCCCAGAAUGUACAGCCGUCACGGUCGUGUCUACGGACGUGUGGACGAUGGAUUCGCGGGAAGGCGCGCCGUGCUCUGACGACGGGGCGGCGUGCGACGUGGCCGUGCCGAAAUCGACCAAGGCGCUGUCGCAGCAAGCCCUUUGUGGAGGUAUUUUGGCUGCCGGCAAGAACUGCCGCAAGGACUCGGACUGCGGGGUCUCUGGAACGUGCAUCCAAGGAUUGUGCGAGUGCAAAGGGUGCUUCACUGGCGCCGGGUGCAAGAUCGCCAUCAACGACGAAUCGAUCUGCUCCAUGACAACCAAGCCCCCAGUGACCUCGCCGCUUACCAAGGACGGUCCGUCCACUGUCAAGCCUAACUCGGCCACGAUUGCCCUCGUGUCUGUCGGUGUACUUGCUAUCGCCCUCGUGCUGUAAGGAGAGCAGCUCGGUCGAUAUGAAACAUAGACAGCAAAUCUCGUCGUA